UCAUUUCCAUUUCCUUAGACACGAACCAAACCAAUUCUUGACGAUAGUAAAAUGUUCACUUCUCCUAAGAACUUUUAUCCCAAGAUGAAAGAAAUCAAUAAGUCAGUGAUAAAGGAGAGGCUGUUUCCUCUGAAAGGAAAGCAAACAGUUGGUCAUCAAAGGAAUUUCAAUGGAUCCCAGUCAAUGUUUGAUAAUCUUUACAACUCUCAGAUGAAUAGUUCUCAUUACUGCAACAGCUCUUUCUACGACAAUAUCAGUGAAGCUGAUCUAGGCCUCCUCAAGAGUUAUCCUAAAAUGUCAAGUUUUAAGCAAGAGAGAACAAUGAAUAAAUAAAAGCAGACAAAUUUGAGAGAACUCUAGUGGAAAUUUUAGUAAAAAUACACUAUUUCCAAUGCCACAGAAUAACUUUCAGAUAAGGAAAAAAACUAUUCUAAAGAAAAGUGAGUAUAAUCCUUCAUCUCCGAAAAAGUCUGAGAAAGAGCCUAAUACAACUAGUCUGAGGUAUUCUAAAGCAAAGGAAAUCAAGAACUUAAUUACAAAAAUUACAAAGAAUAGGCAAAGAAAGGAGCUCAAGAGAACAGGAGAAUUUGAACUAAGUCUCAAGCAAUCAGGAUUUAAAAAGAAGAAAACAAUCAAGGAAUAUGGGUUUUCUAACUUUUCAAGACAAAGGAUUUCACUUGGUACAGAUGAUAUCGUUGGACUUAAAUGGGAUGCACCCAGAAUGGCCAAGAUUGGCCAAAGGAGUAGAUAUAAAGCUGUGAGCCAGAAUGUGUCUCCGAGAGGCCUAGCUACUGCCAUAGUUGAAUUAAGGGAGUAAUAUUUUACAAAUAAAAUUUAUAUCAA